ACGAGGAACAGCCAACACGUGGCCAUUCCCGGGCAAGACACGCCCACCCGCUGCUACUCCGCCAACUGCGAGACGAGGCGGGCGUCACGAGGCGUCGCGGCCCUACGGUGCGAUCGGAGCCGCGCUGCAGCCGCCCCUUUGUUACGGCGACGAUGGUCCUGCGUCGGCUGCUGCUCGCCAUGCUGAACGACCACCGGCUGCUGGACCGUCUGGCCGAGGCGCGGCCCAUCCGGGCGGCGGCGCGCCUCACGGCCGCGGCUCUGACUCGUGGACUGCGCCUGCGCAACAACUUCUUGCGGGAACUGAAGGAGGAAGCGGCGCGCGCCAAGGACGCCUGGCCCAACCAGCGCCGCGGAAACGAGAAGGGGCGGGGCCCGUGAGCACCGUCGUCCGAGAAGGGCGGGGCUCUGGACGGACUCUGGCCCCCUCGCGGCGUCUCUGGCCGAGCGGGCGGGCCGAGAGCGCCCCCUGGCGGGGCUCGGCGCAAUAAAUGCUGGGGCCGCUCCCCCCCCCCC